UGCCGGGGCGGAGCGGUAGGAGCGCUUCCGGCGGCGGCGGGGAGCGGAGCGGCGCCGGCGGCCAUGUCGACGUCGUUGGGCUCAAACACCUACAACCGGCAGAACUGGGAGGACGCGGACUUCCCUAUCCUGUGCCAGACAUGUCUUGGAGAAAACCCGUAUAUUCGAAUGACCAAAGAGAAAUACGGAAAAGAAUGCAAGAUUUGUGCCAGGCCUUUCACAGUAUUUCGCUGGUGCCCUGGUGUUCGUAUGCGUUUUAAGAAAACAGAAGUGUGUCAAACAUGCAGCAAGCUCAAGAAUGUCUGUCAAACCUGUCUGCUUGACCUGGAAUAUGGUUUGCCUAUUCAAGUCCGGGAUGCAGGACUCUCCCUUAAGGAUGAAAUGCCUAAAUCUGAUGUCAAUAAAGAGUACUACACCCAAAACAUGGAAAGAGAGAUAUCCAACUCUGAUGGCACUAGGCCAGUUGGUGCGCUAGGAAAAGCUACUUCCACAAGUGACAUGCUGCUUAAGCUGGCUCGGACCACACCUUACUAUAAACGUAAUCGUCCUCACAUCUGUUCCUUCUGGGUAAAAGGAGAAUGCAAGAGGGGAGAAGAAUGUCCCUACAGACACGAGAAGCCUACAGAUCCAGAUGAUCCUCUGGCUGAUCAGAACAUCAAAGAUCGUUACUAUGGAAUUAAUGACCCUGUGGCUGAUAAACUUCUGAAACGAGCAUCAACUAUGCCUCGUCUGGACCCCCCUGAUGAUAAGACUAUUACUACACUGUAUGUUGGAGGGCUCGGAGAUACUAUCACUGAGUCAGAUCUCAGAAAUCACUUCUACCAGUUUGGGGAAAUUCGGACAAUAACUGUAGUACAGAGGCAACAGUGUGCUUUCAUCCAGUUUGCCACCCGGCAAGCUGCAGAAGUGGCUGCUGAGAAAUCCUUCAACAAACUCAUCGUCAAUGGUCGCAGGCUCAAUGUCAAAUGGGGGAGGUCCCAGGCAGCCAGAGGAAAAGAAAAGGACAAGGAAGGAACUACAGAAUCUGGGAUAAAGCUGGAGCCAGUUCCAGGACUCCCUGGAGCUCUCCCCCCACCUCCAGCUGCAGAAGAAGAGGCUUCUGCGAAUUAUUUCAACCUACCUCCGAGUGGCCCUCCGGCCGUAGUUAACAUUGCCUUGCCACCUCCUCCUGGCAUUGCUCCGCCACCACCUCCAGGUUUUGGACCACACAUGUUCCAUGCCAUGGGGCCCCCGCCACCCUUCAUGAGAGCACCAGGCCCCAUUCACUACCCCUCUCAAGAUCCCCAGAGGAUGGGUGCCCAUGCAGGAAAGCACAGCAGUCCCUAGCACAUCAUGCUGCUUUCAUCAUUUGAGUACUUUGCUACCACCAGAACUCCCUCUCCUGAGUCCUCACCAAACGCCUUUCCAGAGAGUUGACUUUCCUGGAGAGUUUCUGCAGCGGGAUCCUAAUCUCAACCCUAGUGUAAUUUGGAGCUCUAGGGAGGCACACCAGCAGUGCUCUGUUGGAAGCAGCCUUACGAUGCAGAGCUUGCCAGCUCCACUUGCCAGCUUGCUGAGCUACUAGUAGCAUGUCUGGAAACUUCAGUCUCGGGGAUGUGUUUGGAAGGAAUCUGGUGCCCUCUUAGCACCUUUUGGAAAGAUUAACCUUCUGCCUCCCACUAAUUCCAGCAGCUCUUGGAUACCUUAAGAAAACUAUGAGACUUAACACUGCACCAUUCUUCUGCUCAGCCCAGACUUGAGGCUGGCUGGGAACUUGCAGUGAUUCCUUCUCCAGGACCAUGUGAAUGAGUCCUGGAGAAAUCCUCCCAGAUUUCAGCAGUCAUCCCUCGGCCUGAGGUUACCCAAUGAGAUCAAGUGUUCAGGGCUGCUCAAGGCAGUGGCAGAGCUGAGAUUAGGGCCAGGAAACUAGUGGAAGCAGGGACCUUUGCAGAGGGGCUAGAACAGAACUUCUAAUAUUUUCUUUGCACUUUUGCAACAGGAAAAGAUUGACCUGAGCCCUUUUUGUUUUCCCUGCUCCCCUUUGGUGUGUAAAGGGGACAUGGACGACUUAUUGUGUUUUUUUCCUUGCAGGCUAGUAUGUGCAGUUCCUCCUUGAGGCUUCAUUGUUUCAGAGGAGUCCCAAGGAGGAAGGUAGAGCAGGAUUAGUGCAGGUCUCACUUUGAGAGCUGGGAUCCAUGUGCCUUGUCCCAUUCCAUUGCUCUACCACAGCCCUCCACCCCCCUUACUCCAGGGCUGUAGAGGCUAGAAGCUAGAAUGGCUUAGCAGAGGAACAGCCAGCCAGGAGCCCCGCAGGCUGGUGUCUGAGCCCCAGACAGACCCGUGGCCAGUGUUACCUGUUGAAACUUCUGAAGUCCCAAUGAGUUGGUUUCAUAGGCGGCUGGCUCUCGCUCGCAAGGUAGUCCUUCUCACUGAGGAACUCCUGCCAUGGGGAACGGUAGCCCUUUGGGAUGGCAGUGAUGUUAAACUUCUCAGGGGGGACUUCUUUUAGGGGGCUGGAGUAGCCUGCAUUUGGGAAAGAGAGAGCUUUUGUUGCUGCAGCGGCAGCCAGACUCUGGCAAUGUGCUCCAGGGCUAAUGGUCCUCCCUGCACAGGGAGGGUGAGCUUGGGAACAGUCCUGCUGUUGCACAGCUGUGGAGGACCUUCUGCUGUGGGGGGAAAUACACAUCUAUAUAUAAAAAUA